CCAAAAUGUCUCCCCUUUUUAAAAAAUACCUCACUGUCUUUUGUUUGUACACUUUCAUCAUAUAUUGUUUCUUAUUAUACAGUCUAUUUAAAAUGAUAAGGGUGAUGCUUUGUGUAGCAACAGUUGUAACGGCUAAACCUUCCUUUUCCAAACUAGCUUGUCUGUUUCGUGGACUUUUCCUGCAGCUUGUUUGUUUCGGUGGCAGCUUCAUCCAUAACCUCUAACCCCAGAGGUGGGUGGGUGUUUGGAAGCGCGGCGUCUGCAGCAUAAUUAAAACAUGGCGGAAUCAGAGGAAUUUAGACUUAAAAGAAUAAAGCAUGAGGAGCGCCUUUCCAGAGUGUUUGACGAAGUGAUGGGGCUUGGAGAAUUUGCUGACUCCUCCGGAGGGUCUGCCUCCUCCUCCAGGAGCGGAGGUCAGGAUGAGACAAAGGGUGAAGAUGAAACCUCACAAGCAGAAGAGCACCAACAGGUAGAAGAGGAGGACAGCAAUGGCAGCAGACAAGGUGAAAAGACAAAGGAGACAUCCGGAGAGUCUUCCUUUCCUCGCAUAUCCACCCCUUCUAUAAGAACCAACGAAGGAGGAGGAGGAGGAAGUGGAGGAGCAGCGUUAGACAACGCAGUGGAUGGCCUUCCUUCGUUUGAGCCGGACGAAGAAGACGAGGAUUGGCACUUUUCCCUUCCAACGGACAGCCAGGAUGAGGCAAACUCAGCAAAGGCAAACAGAAAGGAACGGCAGACAAGAUCGACAAAGAAAGAAAGUGGAGACAACCUCUUUACCCCUCCGCCCAGAGAAGAGGAGGAGGAGGGAGAGCAAGACAGGGAAGGGAGCAGUGGGUCUGCUAACACCUCCCACUCCUCCCAGGACCCCACAGAUGAAAACAGUAGAGAUGGAGGCGCUCUGAACCAGACCGAGGAGACAGAAGACAGCCAGCAGGGGGAGCAGUCAGAGGUGGCACCAAUGGAGGACAGUAAUCCCCCGAUUUCACCUGUCAACAUUAAAGAUGAACCCAUUGAUGAGGGCUACGAUGCUGCUCUGCUGCCUCAGAGCUCCAUCAGGCAGAUCAAAGAGGAGCUGGAGCAGCAGGAGGAAGAGCUCAGGAUCAGCUCUGUCUACUCUGUGAGUGGUGCCAACACCUUUGCUACUCCUACAAUAUUUGUCUCAUCUUCUCAAGUGCCAGCACCAGUCCAAGCCCAUCCUCAGACAGCCUUUUUUAUCCAGGGGAGAGGUGGUGUGCUACAAGCCAUGACUUCUCUCCCUGUCCGACCACCAGCUCCCAUCCCAAGUUCACUCCCAGCUCUGGCAGCACUGUCCCCACGUCCGCCUCAGCCCCCCGUUCCUGGUAGUGUUCGCUGCAGUGGAUGCUCUAAGGUUCUCCUGAAAGGCCAAACAGCAUUCCAAAGAAAAGGCUCGACGCAGCUUUUCUGCUCCACAGUCUGUCUGACCGGUCACCUGCCUCCAACCACCAAGAACCGAUGCUGCUUCCAGUGUAACAGGGAGAUCAUUCAGCCCAGAGACAUGAUCACGAUUCCAGCAGACGACAGCACCUUCAUGCACUUUUGUGGCCAGUUCUGUCUGUCCGUGUUCAGACACAAGAGGAAGCAAGUGGACAAGGGUCCUGAUAAAUGGGUAGACAAACGGCUGGAGAGGAAGCCUGAGAAGCCGCCCGAGAAACCAGCAGAGCGGCAGCCGGACAAACCUUUUUGCAGUGUCUGCAAAAUCUCAAACAGGCAAAUUGAACACGAGGUCACCCAUCAAGGUCGUCUUCACAGACUCUGCAGCGAUGCUUGUUUUGUGUCAUGGAGGAAGAUGAGGCAGUUAGCCAUGAACUGUUGUGAAGGCUGUGGACUUUACUGUAACAGCAAAUUAGGAUCCUGUCAGACCCUCACCAUCGAUAGAUCUCAGCUGAACUUCUGUGGUCCCACCUGUAUCGGCACCUACAAACAGAACUGCAGAAAAACCGUGGACUGUGCCUUCUGUCGCAAGCUCGCUAUAGUGUCCUCCACAACCAUGGAACGUGACCAGAAGGGCAAAGUUCAGCUUUACUGUUCAUCUAUGUGUGUGGAUCGGAGUCGACCUCCUCGACACAUACUCACUGGUACUGCAUUCCCCUGCUGCCAGUGCAGGGUGUCAGCGGUUCCUCAGUACCAUCUGGCCAUGGUGGACGGCACCAUUCGUAACUUCUGCUCUUAUGAUUGCGUGUCGAUAUUCAGGAAGUCCGGGCAGAUCCCUCCGUCAGAUCCGAUCAACGGAACCUCCUCUCUCAGGGACCCCACCCUAAGAGAAGCCUCCAAAUCAGGGCUCUCUGUGGGAGCCGGCUCAGUCCCUCCUAUUCCCCAAGAGUAUCCAUCUUCAGUCCCACACCCGGGAAGCCACCCCAGUCAUUCCUCAGUGCCCCCGCUGGUGCCCUCCUACUCGUCCCCCUCUGCCCCGGGGCAACACCAGGCCAAAGCAUCGUCCGGCCAGCCCACGAAACCAGCUGAGGCCGGUCUUGGCGACACUUCCAAGCUGACCUGCCAUCAGUGCAGCAAACACUUCAACAUCAAGCCGUUCCUUUUCAGUAACCAAGGUCAGAUCUCUGUGUUCUGCAGUAGGAUGUGCUCUGAGCAGUAUAAAACCCAGAAGAACAUCCUGACGGUGUGUGAGAACUGUAAACAGGAGAAAGUUCUCUUUGAAACCUUCAACUACAACCAACAGGAGGUGUCGUUCUGCAGUGAAGGCUGUAAACUUGCCUUCAAAACAGGCCUGCAAUCUCACAACAAAGAUAACUCAUGGAAACCCUGCAGCUACUGCUUCGGUGUGAGCAACAAGAUGCUGCACAGCCACUACGGAGGACGGAUAGAGGAGUUCUGCAGAGCCCACUGCAUGUCCCAGUACACUGUACUCUACUACGGGAUGGGUCGAUGUGACAGCUGUAGGAAACAAGGCUACCUGAACGAGAAGCUGCAGUGUUUGGGUUCAGUCCGUAACUUCUGCCACCUGACCUGUUUGAUGGAGUACUGCUACGAACACUUUGAGACAAAACAACAUGGCAGCAGUAACAGCACCAAAGCAGCUCCUCAAAUCCCGUGUGCUCCAGCUCAGCCCCAGCACUCCUCAAAGAUGAAUCCUGUCAUUGCUGGUGUUGUGUCCCUGGCCAAUGGCUCUGCCACUCAGCCCAGUGUAACAGCAGACACUGCUCUGACCGGAGCUCUUCCAACCUCCAAUGUUGACAGCAAGAACCUAGACCAUGCCAGUACUCAGACCGAUGCCUUGCGAGUGCCUGCGCACCGUCGACGUCAAAUGAAGAACAAGUCCGUUCUGUGUCGACCAUUUACUAUGGACCAAGAGAGCAUGUGCCAGCUGCCGAUACCAUCCUCUGAUUCAUCAGAUCUGCCUCUGUCCUCAGUCUGCUCCUCAGCAGCAGAAGAGAAGGUGAAGGUCAUAAUGGUGCCAGUCCCGGUCCCAGUCUUCAUCCCAGUGCCUAUGAACAUGUACUCCCAGCACACACCGGUCCCCAUGCCUAUGCCCAUGCCUAUUCCAGUACCCUUCAUGGUACCUCAGAGCAAAGAAAUGAAGGAUGCAGCUGUCCAGUCAGAGCCUCUGGCUGUGACGGAAGAGAAACAGAAAGAUGAACCUGUUUCCAGCGCAGACCAGAGCAGUUCGUUUAGUGAAAACACAAAGUCAGAGGUGAUUGCUCCCAUCCCCCGUGGUGCUGAGGAGACUCAAGAACCAGAACAAGCUGAGCUGCCGGUAACCGUCAGCUCAGAGAAGAUCACAGAGCCAACUGACCCCCAGCAGAUCAUCCAGCCAGAGGAGAGUACGACGACUACAAGUGAGGCACCAACCACCAGCACUGAGCAUCAACCCCCCUCCUCUCCAAUGAUGGACCUGGAGAGUGACUUUCCAUCUGAAGUGUCAGGUCAGAAGCCGGCUGCUCUACAGAGAGGAGUGAAGAGACCACGAGAAGCUUUCUCAGGACGGAAACGGGGACGAAGGCGAGCAGCUCCACUGGACCGCAGUGCGCUGGUUGCUCCAGUUGCGCCGGUCGCCCCAGCCACCUCCAAACUGAACCACGUGUACGGAGUGAAAGCCUGGAGGAGCUGGGUCCAACAGAGGAGCAAACAAGAGACUAGUAUAGUGGAGAUUAAAGAGGACAUCAUCGAGUGUGACUCUGCUGAGCUGAGCUUUGCACUGUCUCGCUUCAUCAAGGAAGUGAGACGACCAAACGGAGAGCCCUACAGUCCAGACAGCAUCUUCUACCUCUGUCUUGGAAUACAGCAGUAUCUGUUCAUGAAGGGACGCAUAGAGAACAUCUUCACUGAUGAGCUGUACAGUCAGUUUGCCACUGAGAUCAGCGGGAUGCUGCAACUCUGGAGGCCCAAGUUACUCCCUGGUGGUGGUAUCUUUCCCUCCCGUGUUGCCGAGUCCUACCUGUGGGAGUGUAAGCAGCUUGGUGCCUACUCCCCCAUCGUGCUCCUCAACACGCUGCUCUUCUUCUGCACCAAGAGCUUCCGCUUCAACUCGCUGUUGCAGCACCGAAGCCUCUCCUUUACCAACCUAACUCGGGCGUCUAAACCCUGCAGCCGAGCCGGCAAAGUCCACUACCUCCGACACCAGAGAAGCAGCACUGCCACGCCUCGCAGGGAGGAGGCAGAGCGAUUGAGAAAAAAGCAGGUGGAGGUAGAAGGAGACCUGGAAAUGCUUGAAAAUGCCUCCAACCCUCUACGCUGUCCUCUCAGACUCUAUGAAUUCUACCUCUCUAGAUGCCCAGAGUCGGUGAAGAAGAGAACUGACUUGUUUUACCUCCAGCCUGAACAGAAUGUGCACACACGCAGUCCCUACUGGUACACAUCUCAACCAUUAGAGGCCACCACCCUACAGAGCAUGCUCACACGCAUCCUGGCCGUCAGAGAGGUGCACCAGGAAAAGGACAACGUCAGUUUACAGUGAUACGGAGCUCAGUCUUUUACAUCCUGCUUAUUAUGAUCCACUUCUGCUAAAGAAACUUCUUCUGAUGCCGAACGCUUCACAGUGAAUUAAAGCUGAACAUGCAGCGUGACAGCUGGACACGGUCGCUCAGACUGAGGCUGUCAGGCCUUUGACUUGAGAGAAGAAAUGUACACGAGACAAAGACGUUUGAUGGGAAAGAGAGAGAGAGAGACAUUGUUAGUGUGGAAUUUUUGUUACCUCAGUUGCCAACCCCUGCCGUGACACGUUGAUAACUUUACAAAAAUCAGACACUCUACAUAAAGAGAAGAUUUCACCCUCCAUGAUUUGUGUCUCACCUGUGGGAUAUUUUGCUCUUUAUUCGUCUCAUGUGGCCGGACUACUUUCAACUGUAACAUCCAAGCUCCACCCUGCAGAUGAAUUUACAUUUCAGAGACAGACUGAUGCUCUGCAUCCAGGAAGUAAUCACAGCCCUUCAUUUUGUCCACACGUUAUGUUACAGACUUAUUUUAACAGAGGCAGACUUUACUUUCCUUCUGAAAAAUCCACCCAUGAUCGCCCUUAAUGACAAAGUGAAAACAGGAUUUUAGACCUUCAUUUUUCUAAUUUAUUACAAAUUAAAAAAAACAAAAUAUAACUCAGCACUUUGAAGCACCUUUGGCAGCGAUUACAGGUAUGACGCUGUGAGUUCGGCACACCCUCCAUUCUUCUCUGCAGAUCCUCUCAUGUUCUGUCAUGUUGGACGGGGAACGUCAGCACACAGCUUUUAUCAGGUCUCUAUAGAGACACUCGAUCCGGUUUAAGUCCGGGCUCUGGCUCGGCCGCUGAAGCAUUUUCACAGAUUUGUCCUGAAGCCACUCCAGAGCACUCUGGACCAGAAUCUUUCCCUCUCUACAAGCCAGGUUUCCUCCAGACUUAAGGCUCUGCAUUCAGGCCAAAGAGUUCAAUCUUGGCUUCAUCAGAAUCUUGUCCCUUAUAGUCUGCUAGUCCUUGAGGUGCUUUUUGGCUAACUUCAAGCGGGCUGUCAUGUGCCUUUUAUAAGGAGUUGCUUCUAUUUGGCCGCUCUGCAUUAAAGAAGCAAAAAAAAGGAGCUCACUCAAACUUAAAACUUCUUAAGAUGCACGACUACACAGAGGCUGUUAAAGAGGUGAAAAAGUCAGCACACUAAAUGUCCUUUACAACUUGUAAUCUGGCAGGUAGCACAGACCAGCAACAAGCAACAGACACGUUUUGCCAAAAGCCUUCCUCUGCUGGAGCUCUAUCAGAGUCACCAUUGGGUUCUUUGUCACCAUGAGCAAGGCCCUUCUCCUCUGAGUACUCAGUGAAGAGUCCUGGGGCCUCAUGUACAAAGACUUGUGUGGAUCUCCUACUGAAACAUGGCAUACGCUCAAAUCAAGAAAAUGCUGCAUGCACAAAAAUAUCCAGCUGUAUGAAUCUGUGCGCAAGGAUCAACAGCUGUAGAAAUGUGCGUACGCCAGCCAUGAAGUUGGCGUGAGGCACAGCACAUUUCCACGGUCAUUUCACUCUUGAUACAUCUGAACUUUGCCGUGAAAAAGAGCGUACGCCACGUUUUUGUGCAUACUCACCCUUUGUACAUGAGGCUCCUGGUAGUUCCUCACUGCUUCCAUUUAUGAAUGAUGGAGACCACCGAGGUCUUUGGGAUCUUCAAUGCUACAGAAACAUUUUUGGCAUGCUUCCCCAGAUCUGUGCCACGACACAAUCCUGUCACUGAGAUCUUCAGCCAGCUCUUUUGACUUCAUGGCUUCCAUUUGCUGUGGGACCUUAUGUAGACAUGUGUGCCUCUUUCCAAAUCAUGUCCAGUAAAUUGAGUUCACCACAGGUAGACUCCAAUCAAGUUGUAGAAUCUGAAAGCUGAUCAGGGGAAACAGGAGCAGCCUGUGGACAAAGUGAAGGGUGUGAAUACUUUCUUUGUGCACUGCAGAACAUCAGACCGGUGUGAGUGACAGACAGUAAGAACAGUCGAUGUUGUUGUUUUUAAAGACACUACAGGUUAUAGAAGAUUUCCUCCAGCAGACAUCUUGUGCUUUUAAAUUUUACCAAAACUUGAAAGAAUCACAUUUUGAGGUUUUAUAAUUCAGAAGUGUUGAGCUGCACAAAACUCGGUGAAGGUGUUCUUAACUCCAGUGAAGCGCUUCCCUCAGUGUUACUCUGAUUCGUUAAACAUGAUGUGAUCAUGUUUAUUUCUUUGACUGGUUGCUGUUUGGCCUUGAAUUAAAAUCAAACACAUGAUUUUAUAUGGUAUUGAACCAGUUUACAUUACGCCCAUCUUCUUUUACUAUUAUUAUUUACUCACUUUAUUCUGUGUCCCUUUUCUUUUCAUCAUUCUGUGUGGCCUUAUUUACCUAAGAUAUGAGUUGCAUUCACAGACCACCAUCAGAAACAGAAUCUCUUUGAAAAACUACAACUCCCUGUAUGCUUUCCAUGGAUGUGUUUCUGUAUCUGAGGCACUUAAUUCUUCUUUUUCAUCUCCUUUGGGAUAUAAAAAUGUUUUUAUUUGUUUCUCUUCUCCUCUGAGGUUUCCUGUAUCUUGUGUUGUGUAUGAAGUAUAGUAUGAUAUAUUUUUGUUGGCUUAAGACAGUCAAAGACAAGUAUUAUGACGGUGUGCCUAAAUAAUGGAAAUGUAUUGGGGUUGGUGUGAGAAAAUAAAAUGAGUGGAUUGAAAAAAAUACAUUUUGGGAAUGAAUCCAAAAUACUGAGAAUAAAAAGUGAAACUUCACACAUCCAGUAGAAGAGCCAUGUAUGAAGAUACAUCUUUAUCUGGUUUCCAUUUGAGAGUUUCACUUUAUUCUUGUCUUGUUUUAUUACUGGGGACCAGGACUGACAGUGUCACCUUUUUUUUAACCUCUCAUUCUCAACAUUUUGUCUUUACGCUCAAAUUCAAAACAUUAAAACACUUAAUUCUGUCAUUACUGUUUUCUUCUACCUGGAAAUAAUACUCUUCUGUUAAAAAAGAUAAAUAAAUGAAUGUGAACUUCUCCCUAAAUUGACAUAAAGACAGUCACAAGGACUUGAAAUAGAAUAAAUAUGACAACAUUAAUGGUUCAUACGGUUACAGUGAUACAAUCUAAAUCCAAGAUCUUUAAAAAAAGAUCCAAAUGUGUGAAUAUUUAUGUUGUACCUUUCCCCCUCUGCUCUCCUGUCAUCCAUCACUGCCAUUUAAGAAAGCAUUGUUUAUUUCCUUACACCUUCCUUUUAAUAUUUCCUUCUUGGAGGAGUUUUCAGCUCAGAUGUCUGAAAGCAAAGUUGACACAUUCAAGUUUUGAGUUUUUAGAGAAAUAUACCAUGUUUUCUAUGUUACGGAUUAUGAUGACUCCACUACCCAGAACACCUUGGGGGUAAGUUAGGGAGCUGGUGCUUCAUGCAUCUACUGUUUUGGUUUCUGCUGUUACUGAGGUCAACGUGCCUUUUCUUUUAUCUCAUGUUUAUUUUUUAUAUGAAAUCUAUCAAAGUGAAAAUUAGUGACAAGUGCACAAAUCUCAAGUUAACACAUCUACUGUGCGGUUAAUGCUAACAUCAAGCGUUCAUGCUGUUAACUGGUAAGCUUUUAGCAUUAUCCAUUAAUGAUGUACUGUCACCACUGCUCGCACAAGUAUAAUAUAACUGUCUGAAUAUUAUCACUCCAGUUAUCAAUCACUAUAUUAUCAAUAUAGCUGAUAUUUGAAAUCCAUCUGAUUCCUUUCUUUUUGAAUGUGAGGUGAAGUAUAAAUGAAAUGAAGUGUAAUGUUGGGAGUGGGACAACUUGUGCAGUUUUGAAACAUUGAGUCAUAAAAUGUGUAAAUUUCUCUUUGA